AUGACCGGAUUCAGCGUCGGGGGCGAGAGGGUCACCGGGUUCUCGAACGCCAGCCUCGCGCUGGACCCGGCGACGGGGCGGGGCGGCGUAGUCGUGGACUCCGGCACGGCCAUAUCGCGGUUCUCCACGGACGCGUACGCGGCGCUGCGCGACGCCUUCGACGCGCACGCGGCGGCCGCCGGGAUGCGGAGGCUGGCGUGGGACUACUCGGUGUUCGAUGCGUGCUACGACCUCCGCGGCAGGCCGGCGGCGAGCGCGCCGCCCAUCCUGCUGCACUUCGCCGGCGGCGCGGACAUGGCGCUGCCUCCGGAGAACUACUUCCUCCCCGUGAACGGCGGGAAGCGGCGGCCGUACUACCGCUGCCUGGGGCUCGAGGCAGCGGACGAUGGGCUCAGUGUGAUCGGCAACGUGCAGCAGCAAGGAUUCCGGGUCGUGUUUGACGUGGAGAGGGGGCGGGUCGGUUUCGCGCCAAACGGCUGCUCAGUUUGA